AUGGAGUAUGACCUGGCGCAGUGCGAGAAAGAAGGUGGUUAUCUGGCAGAAGUGGGCACAGCUGCUGAAAACCAAUGGCUUUUUCAAACUUUCGUUGCCGCAACGUUUUCAGAAGAGGACUGUCCAAAAUACUAUUCUUGUGCAAUCUGGAUUGGUGGAAACGACCUCAAACAGGAAGGUCACUUUGUGUGGAGUCAUAACAACAACACAAUACCACUGACUAAUGGACUCUGGUUGACAGGACGACCAAACGACUUCAAGAAGGAACAAGAUUGUCUCGCAAUCACCCACAGCUCUGGACUCUGGAAUGACUUGAGCUGCUCAACCGAAAGGCCGUUUAUUUGUGAAUUUGAAUUCUAGAAGGAAGUUCUAAGAGAUGAUUUCUCAUAUUGAAUGUAUCAUUAAAAUGUCCGCACUCAGAUGAUCAAAAAACUUAUGUGGUAAUCAGAAGUGAGAUUUUCUUUCAUUGUAUCCACACUAUAUACAAUUAGGUAAAUGAUUCGA